CGCACAGAACUUUGCUGCUCUUAUCCAAAACAAUUCGAUCGAAACGGGAAUUUCUUCGUGUUUUUUUGGAUUGAACUCAUUUCGUUUGUAAGCUGGACUAGCGCCUUCAAGAGUAUAUACUUAUUACGCUAGAAACAUGCUUCUGCGAAGAGUUUUCGCCGCCGGUAUUCCACGGUCGUUGUCCACUGCUACGAUGCCUGAACAGUUGGUCACAGCGGAAAGAGCGACCGACGUGUUACACCAUCCGGAUUAUUUUGAUGUUCAUAAGCUUUUCACUGUUGAAGAUUUGUUUAAAGCUCGAGUUCACCUGGGACACAAGGAAGGCACGCUGAACGACAACAUGAAAGGAUAUUUGUACGGAAGCCGUUUGGGCCAUUGUAUUAUCGAUCUGGAUAAAACGGUGGAAUAUCUACGCACCGCCUUGAACGUAGCCGCCCAUAUUGCAUAUCGGGAUGGAAUUAUUUUAUUCUUCAAUCGAAACGCACUCAACGCACACAGAGUGGAACAAACGGCUAGAGACUGUGGUGAAUUUGCGCAUACGCGCUAUUGGCGAGGCGGUGUGUUUACCAACGCUAAGGUUCAGUUUGGAGCCGUGACGCGUUUGCCAGAUUUGUGUAUAUUUUUAAACACCAUGAACAACGUUCUUGAUAUGCACACGGCCGUGCGUGAUGCAGCCAAGAUGAAUAUUCCAACGAUCGGAAUCGUUGAUACAAAUUGCAAUCCAAAUCUGAUCACUUAUCCCGUACCCGGAAACGAUGAUACUCCGGCCGCGAUCGAGUUGUACUGCAAACUGUUCAAAAAAGCCAUUCUUGUGGGAAAGGAGAAACGAAAGGCGGACGCCGCAAACGGAACGCAGUGAAGAAACAAAUUUGUUAUUAACCGACUAAGUAGAUUAAAAGAUAGCAUUUAAAGAGAAAAAUCUAGCACAUCAAAAUGCGUCUUCUUUAUUACUGGCAUUUCCCUCCCAUUCUAGGGUUUCAAACUGCACCUCGUUGGUACUUUCAUCAAUA